AUUGUGCCCGGCACACAUGCCGGCACAUCUCGGCACACAUGCCGGCACAUCUCGACACAAUCCGGCACACAUGGGCACAACAUAGAAAUCCAACUUUGCGGUAUGGAAUCAAACUGUCAUUAUACUUACGAUUGCAAAAAAUCCCUUCAUACAGAUUCUAGACAAGUGUUCUGGGUGGAAUUUUGUCGGUAAACACCGACUAGACCAAUAACAUUCGCCAAAAAUAGACAGGAUUAUAAUUAGCGCAAAAACAUUCUAAGAAAAUAUUCCACUGGGCACAUUCGGCACACCUCCGGCACGUUCGGCACACUUCGGCACACACUGAAAGACAACCGGCACAGUUUAGGCACAUAUUGGCACACGCUCAAAAAUCACGGCACAAAUGAAGUGUGCUGAAUGACCAACCCCUUGCCUCCAUGCAAUAAAAUAGAAAAUAUCGCCAUUUGAAAAUCGGUAACAAUUUUUUUUAAUUGAUUCUAAACCUAUUUUUUCAGCAUUUAGAAACAUCCAAACUAACAAAACUUCACAAACUUUGCUGAAAUAAUGACAUUUUAGUGUAAAAACACUGUUGGCGAACCCCUUGGAAAGCCUUCGCCGCAGUAGUAGUGAGUCCCGUUACGCCCUUUACAAUACGCGAUCCGAGAUCUGUCACCAAUGACACCUCUGAGUCAAAAGAAGAUUUGUCAAAACCAACGAUUAAUUUCGAGCGAUCGUACAUGUGUUACAUUAUCUCGUACAUUAUAUUAAAGUUAUUAUUCUAAUAAAAUUGAAUUGUAUUGGCUAAUAGUAUUUUGCAACAGAAAAGGAAUUAUUAUCUGGGAGAAUUGAGGAGUUCUAGUUUUGGAAAAGCCAGCGAGGAACACCAAAUGUAAGAAUUUGAAAUUAGCGUAAGGAAACCUGUUCUAUAAAACUUAAAAUAUAUUUCAGCUUGAAGCUGCGUUCUACGUUGCUGAAAAGAGGUGUUGAUCCGUCGCAAAAACCGAAAUUCUCUCCCAACAAACUUCAAGAUUUGAGGUUAGAUUCUACGUCUGGUCAGGAUGAAUCCAGCUAGUCAUUGUAUGCUGUGUGAUCGCCCGGACAAUGCUGACGAUUUAGUCCAAUGCGACAAAUGCGACGGCUAUGUACACUACACUUGUGCAGAAGUAGGGGACUCGAUUGCCGACGAAGAUCGGAGUUUCACCUGUCAGAGGUGCAUCGAGAGGCUUGAUGCUAUCACCGUUUCUUCGCAACGAUCCAGCAAGCGGACAAGUACGUCCACUCGCAGUAGCCUGAGUGCGGCUCGAUUAAGAGCCGAUGCACACGGGCGGCGCGUCCACGCAGCGUGCACGCAAGUGCGUCCUGAGUUACACACAAUCAAAUGGGAGGAUGCACACGAGAACGCAACGCUACCGCACCGCAACCGCGCCGCACCGUGUGCGUCACGCAAUGUCAACGCAUACCCCACAGGAACGCUGCGGCGACGCAGCGUGAAUUCACGCAGCGUCAAGUAACGCUCGUGUGCAUCGGCUCUAACAUUGCGAUUGCAGCAGCUGGAAACCGAACGACAGAAUCGGCUGAAGGAACUUGAGGAUGCCGAAAAGUUCCAGCGAUUACGAAGACAAGUAGAAGCUGACUUUGAGAAACAGAAGCUCGAAGCUCUCGAAGCUCAACUGGAUGACGAAGAGAACCGCAGUACCAGAAGCAGGGUGAGCUCCAGAGUGAUCCGGGAAAACACCAAUAAGUGGAUUGGUCUGUCAAGUGAGAGAGCCGGUGGUGCAGUCGCACAACGAUCGAACCAGCAGAGUGGAGCAGAGCUGGAGACAGUUAGCCCUAACGACAGCUCGUUCCCUUGCAACGUCGUCGCUCAAUCACAAGAUCCAACGGUUUAUGAGGCCACGUGCAACGUAGAUAUUCCGAAGAGCGUUCCAGCGAUUCCAGUUGCCACGAAGUCGCUGCCCAGGUCUACGAUAACGAGCAACGUAGAUGGAUCAACCCAGAAGCAAAGGGCACCCAAUCCACAAGUCGAGGGCGUGUCCAUCGAUGAAGUCCACGAAAAAACGUCCGGAGGCGCAGGUUUGUCUACCUGUCCCCAGGUAGGAGAUAGUAUUAGUAUUCUAAAUGUAAGACUAGAACCUAUCGCCGAAGCUGCCCAAACAAGUACACCCAAACCACCAAUCGAAAAUGUAAGCAUUCCCAGUUUUACCGUUAGGGACAAAGGUCUAGUAAUGUCGAGUCAAGUAGGCCAACACUCUCUCUAUCGCAAAGUGCCAGAAAUAGGGGAACCACCUCCGAUAUCAAGUUCAACUAGGUUGGGUAGACAAUUAGAACCAAGACAAUAUCAAAAAACAAAUGCGGCGGGUAUAAAUUCAAGGGUGGGCAGUCAAGUCAAAGUGCAAUCGUCUGAGCGUUUACCGCCCGCGAAAUCGAAACAUUUUUCCGAAGUGAACCGUUAUGAAAGUGUGCCUCAACUACACCAACAGCAGCUAGCCGGUUUGUCAUCAGUGUUACCUCCGGAAGCAACAGGAAUGAGUGCAUCAAAUAGGUUGCAAUCAACACAGCCAAGCUACCAGAGUGCGCAGUGGAAUCAAUCGGUGCUACCACCCCCAGGCUUCGAAAAGUUCAUAACCAAACCAGCAGUCCGGUAUCAACAACCGGGGAUGUCGCAGUGCUAUCCAGCCCAACAGUCCGAAAAUUCCAACGACCUCGGAUAUCACCAGAAUCAAGCUUCAGUUUCGUCAGCGCCAUUGCCACCGCAAGCAAUGUCAUCUUCGAGACUGUAUACAUCGCAGACAGCCCCAGAACCUUCUCAUCCGCCCAUUCUCAAUAGGCGUACUGGACCCACACCUGAUCAGCUAGCUGCUCGUCAAGUUAUCCCGAAGGAGUUGCCUGCAUUCGCAGGUGAUCCACAAGACUGGCCACUUUUCUUCAGCUCGUUCAACAACUCGACUGAAGCAUGCGGAUAUAACGAUGCAGAAAAUCUGGCUCGGCUCCAACGAUGUCUUCGAGGUCAUGCACUAGAGAGCGUUCGCAGUCGUUUGCUGAUUCCUGAGUCCGUGCCCUACGUGAUGUCUACACUAGCAAGACUGUACGGUAGGCCUGAGGUUAUAAUCCAUUCGCUGUUGAAGCGAAUGCGAGAAAUUCCCUCCCCGAAAAGCGACGAUCUUAAAACCUUGAUCAAAUUCGGUAUGGGAGUAGGCAAUUUGGUGGAACAUAUGAUUCUGGCCGACCAACGACAGCACAUUAGUAACCCUAUGCUGUUACAGGAGAUGGUGGAUAGACUGCCACCUAAUCUGAAGCUGCAGUGGGCUUCUCACAAGCGAUCGUACCAAAAUGUUGACCUGGCUACGUUCAACGAUUUCAUGACAGACCUGGUGGCGAUGGCAAGCGAUGUUACGUUACAAAUGGAACCAGUGCAGACAAAUUCCGGCAGAUGGGAGAAACCUAAGAAGGAAAAGUUCUCCAAAGAAAAACUGUUCGUGCAUCAACAAAGUGCGGCCGCAUCAGGUUUGAAAAGCAUCACUUCAAAUCGUCAAAGGGAAUCAAGUGACUUAGCUGCUAAGCCCUGUACGUUUUGUAGUAAAACAGAUCAUCGAAUUGCAGAAUGUCUAGAGUUCAAGAAGCUGAAUCUAGAUGAACGAUGGAAAGUUAUGAGACAGAAAGGACUUUGCCGUAUUUGCUUGAUCCCCCACCGCACUUGGCCGUGCCGCUCUAAACAAGAAUGCGGAAUAGAAGAGUGUCGCAUGCGUCAUCAUCCGUUGCUUCAUUCUAAAAAGCCUGAACCAACCGCUUCUCACCCGCCUUCUCCGGCAGUCCGGAAUAUUGCUCACCAGCACCAUCACACCGCUACAUCGUAUGCCCUACUGCGUUACAUACCUGUCACGCUACACGGAAACGGAAAGAGCGUAGAGCUGUUCGCUUUCCUUGACGACGGUUCUUCAUCUACUAUGCUUGAGGCCGGAGUAGCGAAUAUCCUUGGAAUAGAAGGACCCAACGAACCGCUUUCCCUGGGAUGGACCGGAGAUGUGACGCGGAUCGAAAAGGAAUCACAACGCAUUGAAGUUUCUAUCACCGGAGCAAGUGGAAAAAAAUUUUGGCCGUUGAAAGCCAAGACUGUAGGGCCUCUGAAACUGCCGUGUCAAACCGUGGAUUACGCAGAAUUAUGUGAAACGCACCCGCAUCUAAAACAUCUUCCUCUCAUCAGCUACACCAAUGUUUCACCUCAGCUCAUAAUUGGCGUUGACAACGCCAAACUGAUCAGCUCGCUCAAAAAUCGCGAAAGUGCUACCGGAGAACUAAUCGUUUCAAAAACCCGACUUGGAUGGUGUAUAUAUGGAACUCAUACUGCUAAAAGGAGGUUCGUGGAGUUCGUGAACACUCACGUGGAACUAAGUGACAAUGAAGCUGGUCUGCACGACCUGUUCAGACAAUUUUUGGCGGUUGAAGAAGCGACUAUCAAGCAGAACCCCCAAUCAGAAGAAGAUAAGCGAGCCCUGAUGAUACUCCAGGAAACCACACGAAGAGUCGGUAGAAGGUUCGAAACCGGACUUCUGUGGAGAGAUGAUGACCCCUGUCUACCCAACAGUCUCCCAAUGGCUGUUCGUCGGAUGGAAGCUCUGGAGAGAAAGUUGGCGAAAGAUCCCUGGCUUAGUGAUAAAGUGAGAGGACAAAUUGCUGAGUAUGUGGAAAAGGGAUACGCUCAUCCAAUCACUACAGCCGAAGUUGAGUCAACGGAGCCCGGACGUGUUUGGUAUCUACCUCUAGGUGUAGUACGAAAUCCACGGAAGCCUGAGAAAGUUCGGUUAAUAUGGGACGCUGCAGCACGAGUGGAAGGAGUGUCACUCAAUGAUAGAAUGAUGAAGGGACCGGACUUGCUAGCCGCACUACCAACCAUUUUACUCCGUUUCCGACAAAAACGGAUAGCCUUCAGCGGAGACAUCAAGGAAAUGUUCCACCAAUUCCUUAUCCGACCAAGGGACCGUCAAGCACAACGAUUUGUAUUUCGAGAAUCUCCAGACCAACAACCAACCAUUUUCGUGAUGGACGUCGCUACCUUCGGCGCAUCAUGCUCGCCGUGCAUUGCGCAUUACCUAAAAAAUAGAAACGCCGAAGAGUAUGCCGAACAAUUUCCAGAUGCAGCUACAGCAAUCAUCGAAAAUCACUAUGUCGAUGACUUCCUGGACAGUGUAGACACGGUAGAUGAAGCUGUCCAACUGAUACAGGAAGUGAAAUAUGUGCAUUCAAUGGCCGGAAUGGAAAUUCGCAACUUCUCAUCCAAUUCCGUUGAGGUGCUAGGACGCAUUGGAGAAGUAGAUAAAAACCAACAUAAGUCGCUGAGUCCGGAAAGCGUAGAACGAGUCCUCGGUAUGGUAUGGAGACCUUCAGAGGAUGACUUCAGUUUCGAACUCAACCUUAAAGAGGAGAUUCGGAACAUCGUACAAAGGCAGAAAGUACCGACAAAACGUCAAGUCCUCCGUACAAUAAUGUCGCUAUUUGAUCCUUUGGGACUGGUGGCGCACUUCACCAUACAAGGAAAGCUUAUCAUGCAACGAAUUUGGAGAACCGGAGCUGAUUGGGACGACGCAAUUGAAGGAGACGUUCUGGAAGAAUGGAUAAGAUGGAGUAAGCUGCUCGAGAGGAUUAGCGAAGCUCGAGUUCCACGAUGUUUCUUUGCAAGCAGCGGAGCAACGAUAAAGGACAAACAGAUCCAUGUUUUCGUCGACGCCAGCGAAAAUGCAUACGCAUGCGUGGCGUACAUCCGAAGUUCCUAUGAGGAUGAUGAGCCACGGUGCACGUUGAUAGCAGCGAAGACAAAGGUGGCACCGUUGAGACCGUUAUCUAUUCCACGGUUAGAGUUGCAAGCAGCUCUGGUAGGAGCUCGGCUUCUAGAUGGUAUCUGCAAAUCGUUGACCAUACCAGUAGGCGCCCGAUACCUUUGGUCGGAUUCGACAACCGUCCUCGCCUGGCUUCGAUCUGAAACUCGUCGUUACCAUCAGUUCGUUGGAUUCCGAGUAGGAGAAAUUCUGAGCAUCACCACGGUUGAUGAAUGGCGUAAAAUUCCAUCCAAAAUAAACGUUGCUGACCAAGCGACAAAGUGGAGAGAUGGUCCCAGUUUUGAUCCUAAGGACUGGUGGUUUUCUGGACCGGAUUUCCUAAGAGAUCCUAUGGAGAAUUGGAUGGAGCAAAACGAGGGUAUGUACGAGACGACAGAGGAUCUACGGACAAUUUGCUUACACCACCGGAAAAUAGCGUCACCGCUUAUAAACGUCGACCGUUUUUCUCAAUGGUCGAGGCUCUGCAGGACCGCUGGCUAUGUAGUGCGGGCAGUGAAGCUGUUCCUUGGUAUGAAGGCGACCGGUCCAUUAACCCAUGAGGAGUUGCAGAGAGCUGAAUCUCUGCUAUGGCGGGAAGUGCAAAUGCAGGAGUAUCCAGACGAGUAUGCUACGCUUACCCACAACAGAGAUAUAUCUGAAGAACCAAAACAAUUAAACAAGUCAAGCCCCCUCUACAAAAUGUCACCAGUGAUGGAUGCAGAUGGGGUGAUUAGGAUGGACAGUCGAAUUAUUGCAGCACCAAGGGUGACUCUGGAGGCGAAAUAUCCCAUCUUGCUUCCCCGAAACAGCCGUGUGACAAAGUUACUGGUAGAGAGCUACCAUAUUCGGUUUCUGCACCAGAAUAAUGAAACCGUCUUCAACGAGCUUCGACAGCGGUUCCGGAUUCCGCGGCUUCGCACGGUGAUUGCGAAAACAGCGAAGGAAUGCCAGUACUGUCGUAUACGGAAAGCAUCGCCGCAGCCUCCGAUCAUGGCUGCACUCCCCGAAACACGUUUAACCGCCUUUGUACGACCUUUCACCCACACAGGGGUAGAUUAUUUCGGCCCAAUCCUUGUUAAGCAGGGACGAAGCCUAGUCAAACGAUGGAUCGCCCUGUUUACCUGUCUUUCGAUCAGGGCAGUACAUCUCGAGAUUGUACACACCGUAUCAGCUUCAUCGUGUAUUAUGGCUAUUCGACGCUUCAUUGCUCGUAGAGGCUCGCCACUGACCUUUUGCUCAGAUAACGGAACCAAUUUUGUAGGAGCAAGUAAUCUAUUGAAGGAACAACUACAGGAGAUCAACAAGAACUGUGCUCUGAGCUUUACGAACUCGUAUACAAAAUGGCUGUUUAACCCACCAUUGGCGCCCCACAUGGGAGGCUCGUGGGAGCGCAUGGUCCGCUCUGUUAAAGCAGCAAUGGCAGCGAUCGCAGAGUAUCCCAGGCACCCCAAUGACGAGGUUCUUGAAACCAUAGCACUCGAAGCGGAGUCGAUCGUCAAUUCAAGACCACUAACCUACAUACCGCUGGACAAUGUAGAACAAGAGGCACUUACGCCAAAUCAUUUUCUUCUCUAUGGAACCCAAGGAAUCAACCAACCCAGUCAAGAUAUAGCCGUAGACCAUACAACGUUGAGGGAUAGCUGGAAGCUGGCGCAGUACCUAGUGGAUACCUUCUGGAGGCGCUGGGUGCACGAAUAUUUGCCCACCCUAACUAGACGAACGAAGUGGUUUCAGCCGGUGAAGCCGAUGAUGCCAGGAGAUUUGGUGAUUGUGGUUGAGGAUGGCAGACGAAAUGGAUGGCUACGAGGACGCAUCGUUGAAGUAGUGAGAGGAAAAGACGACCAAGUUCGCAGAGCUACGGUGAAAACAUCGAAAGGAAUCAUAAGCAGACCUGCAACAAAAUUGGCGCUGCUGGACGUUCGAGGUCCAGCUGAGGAGGCGGAAGCAGACAGGGAGAACGUUCCGGAACUACACGGGUGGGGGGAUGUUGGCGAACCCCUUGGAAAGCCUUCGCCGCAGUAGUAGUGAGUCCCGUUACGCCCUUUACAAUACGCGAUCCGAGAUCUGUCACCAAUGACACCUCUGAGUCAAAAGAAGAUUUGUCAAAACCAACGAUUAAUUUCGAGCGAUCGUACAUGUGUUACAUUAUCUCGUACAUUAUAUUAAAGUUAUUAUUCUAAUAAAAUUGAAUUGUAUUGGCUAAUAGUAUUUUGCAACAGAAAAGGUAAAAAAGGUGAAAUUAAAAUGUAUUAUGAAUCAUGCUAAAACUAAACUAAUUGAACAGGAAUUAUUAUCUGGGAGAAUUGAGGAGUUCUAGUUUUGGAAAAGCCAGCGAGGAACACCAAAUGUAAGAAUUUGAAAUUAGCGUAAGGAAACCUGUUCUAUAAAACUUAAAAUAUAUUUCAGCUUGAAGCUGCGUUCUACGUUGCUGAAAAGAGGUGUUGAUCCGUCGCAAAAACCGAAAUUCUCUCCCAACAAACACCAACUUUUCAUAACUAACGCAGAUGUGUUGGUGAGUCUCAUUUUUGACAUUUACGGGAAUCUCUUACCUUGGUACAUAUUUAUAUACUUUGGAGUGCAGCGCCCGCUGAAAGUUCACUCGGGCCGCGAAUUUUGACACCACAGCGGGGUCGACUCUCAACAACUUCUACCCAGCUGAAAAUUUGUUUAAUUUAUUGCAUCUAGUUUUCGCGAUGAAGUUGCAAAAAUAUGGGCUAGUGCAUUAACUAUAUGCAUAUGCAUCACUUUAAAUGUAAAUUCAUGUAAGAAAUCAAAGAAAAAUAUUAUCAGCGCAUUUUGGUGAUGUAUCUCUGAGUAGAAGUUGUUGGGAGUCGACCCCGCUGUGCUGUCAAAAAUUUUCAGGCUCAGUGAACUCAAUGUUCAUCGGUGCACUCAUCUAUUGGGGACUACGAAGCAAAUUACCACAGUUGACCAUGUGCGUGAAGCGCCGAUUUUUUAACAUGGGGAAGCAUAGGAAGUCAAUUUUAAAAUGCUUCUAAAAAAUUCAAAACAUUAUUUAAUUAAAAACGGAUUGAUGUACGGAUUAAGAACCUUCGUUUUCUACACAAUCAGUACUUAAUCUGGGAAAAAACUUUUUAAUCAAAAUAAUAUGCUUAAAAGUUUGCUAAUAGUCUAUUUUACGAAACGACAACAGUGUUGAUAUUGAUAUUAACACUCACGGGCUUGGGCGCAACCUCCUGUCAAAUUUUCAUUCAUGAAAUGAGCGAUCAGCUGAUCCGAAACGUCUCGUAAAAUGGCUCAUUGAAUUUCUCAUUACGUACACCAACCCGCUUUUAAUUAAAUAUUGUUUUGAAUUUUUUAGAAGCAUUUGAAAACUGACUUCCUAUGCUUCCCCAUGCUAAAAAAUCGGCCCUUCACGCAUACAGUAAACUUUUUCCAGGUGGCAGCAGCGUACCUUCGAACUCUCGAAUAGUAUCCACUAAACAGAAAUCAAGCAUAAUUUUUCAAAUCGACGUAUCUAAGUUUUUCACUGAUCUGAGUAAAUUCAUGGUCAAUGUUGGCGACCAUUCACUGAAAUAGUUUUUUUUAUAAAAAGACUUUUCAUAAGUUUUUUCGUGCUUAACAUCACCAGGGAUAUAGCACGCACUAGGUAAGAAACAAAACCUACUCAUUCCAUAUCAUUUUCACAAUGAAUUUUGAAAAAAAUUCACAUACACCGGGUUGGUUAGAGAUACGUCAUGCCAGAUACGUCGCUUUUGUAUGGUGCACCGUUACUUUUGAUUUUGGCUAGAUACGUCGUUUGGUUUUCUCAUAUAUCAAAACGGUGUAUCUAUCAGUAAAAUUGUAAACAUCAAAAUAGUUAGAUACGUCGUUUCGAAAAAGAUGCUUAGUUAAACAAAUUAAGCAAUAAAUCAUCAAACAGUGAUGUGAAUUCUUCAAUUUGCUUUAUGAAUCAUGCAUGCAGCAGUUAACCCGGAUUUGUUUACAUUCUCGAGUUACGUCGGAUUGAAAAGUUAUGCUUGAAAUGUCUUGCCUUUUUCCGGACAGAUCUGGAGCAACAUUUGAAAAGGGCAUACAAGCAUUGGUAAACAAUGACUUCACACGUCGCUCCUGAGCCCCCCUCAGCUUAUUCACAAAAACUAAGACCGUUGUCAGAUAGAGGAAACAUCGAUCUUUCGGAUAACGGUGUUCAUUUGCGUGGGCGGGUUGCUGUUAUGCCCUACGGAGCGCUCUAGAAAAAAGACACAAGACCUCUUGGCCCCUUUUCAAAUGUUGCUCCAGAGAUGUGUCAUGAGUCAUGACAGAAAUGUUCGCUCGUCGUUUGCAAGGAGAGUAGCGGUGUCGAACAUUUCUAUUUUGGUUUUUUUUUUUCUGGCAGCAAAAUGACAAGACAUUUCUGACUAGUGGAGACGUGGGGCAAGGUCGAGAAAUUGCAUUGCCUUCGAUUGGCAAUGCGAGAGGCUGGCGAAGAGCUCAUUGGCGAGGCACUUGAACUCCUCAACGGUGAACAAGUUGUUUGACAACCCAGGCUAUUUCUCAACAAAAAAAUCAUCGAAAAUCGUUGUUCG